AUGCCAAGGAACACCAUCUUCGACGAUGAAGAGGAUAUUGAGGUCGAGGAUGAGGAAGGGGAGCCGGUUCAUGGAGAGCCAUUCGGUGACAACGAUGAUGAAGAAGAAUAUCAGGAUGGUGAGGAUGUGUAUGAGAAUGAUGGGUUCAGAGUGAGUGAAGAAGAGUCAGAUAAUAAGAAACGAAAACAAAGACUUUUCGGAGAAAGGCAAGAUAGUGAUGAGGAGAGGCAGAUAAAGAAGAAGAGACGAUGGAAAAAGGACGAAGAUCUUGAUGAAGAUGAUUAUUUGCUUCUCCAAGAUAACAAUGUUAAAUUCCUAAAGAGGAAAUAUAAGAGGUUGAAGAAAGCUCAAAGGGAAAAUGUAGAUCUGCCUACUGAUGUAGGUGAUGAAGAAGAAUUAGCUGUAGAAGAAGACGUAGUUGAGCGCGAGGAUGAAAUGGCAGAUUUCAUUGUAGAUGAAGAGUGGGUUGACCUUCCUAAGAGGGGAGACGCGAAGAAAAUGAAAAAUAGUGCUAUGCAGGAGGCUUAUGAAAUAUUUGGUGGUGUUAACCACUUAUUGAAAAAACGCAAAGAAGAUUUGGCAUCUAGUAACAUGAUGGAAAGAAGGCGGGAAGAUGAUUCUGAGAAGUACAUGACUGGGAAAGAUGUUGAUAUUCCUGAGAGGAUGCAGAAAUCUGAACAAAGCACUGGAAGCCCUCUUAUAGAUGAAAUCAGCAUUAAGAAAGAGAGCAAUUGGAUAUAUGCUCAACUUAUGCUUGAGCUAAAAGAUUCUGAUGGACAAGGUUUCUCGGUUAACGAAACCAAUAUUGAAAAGUUUUUGGAGCUACAUCAUGUGCAGAAAUUAGAGAUACCAUUUAUUGCUAUGUACCGAAAGGAGCAAUGCCGGAGCUUGUUGGAAUCUGCUGAUGGUGAUGACGUCAAUCUAGAGAAGAAACCUGGGACCAAGUGGCAUAAGGUCUUCUGGAUGAUUCAGGACUUGGAUAGGAAGUGGCUACUUCUCCAAAAAAGGAAAAUGGCGUUGCAUGGUUACUAUAGAAAACGUCAAGAAGAGUCUAGGAGGGUCUACAAUGAAAGUAGCCUCUACGAUGAAAGUAAGCUUGCUCUAAACCAGUAUCUCUUUGGAUCAGUCGUCAAGUUUCUUAAAGGGGCAGAAACAGAAAUAGAAGUUGAUGAUGUAGCUUCCAAGUUCAAUUUGCAUUUUCCUCCCUGUGAAAUUGGUGUUGAUGAAGGGCAGUACAAAAAGCCAGCGAGGAUAUCAAAAUAUAGGGUCUGCAGCAACAAGGGGCUCGGGGAGGUUGCAAACAAAUUUGGGUAUAGUGCUGAGCAAUUGGGACUUGCAUUGUCCGGAGAAAAACUGGUUCGUGAGCUUGAGGAUGCAAAGGAAACACCUGAGGAGAUGGCAUUGAACUUUGUGUGUGCAAUGUUCAAAAAUCCCCAAGCUGUUCUUAAGGGUGCACAACAUAUGGCUGCAGUUGAGAUAUAUCAUGACCCAUCGGUCAAAAAGUACGUUCGUGGUAUUUAUAUGGAGAAUGCAGUAAUCUCAACACAUCCAACAGCAGCUGGGCGUCAGUUAAUAGAUUCUUUCCAUCAGUUUUCUGGGGUUAAGUGGUUACGUGAAAAGCCUUUGAGCAAGUUUGAGGGUACGCAGUGGCUUCUCAUUCAGAAGGCAGAAAAGGAGAAGCUUCUUGAAGUAACCUUCAAGCUGCCUGAGAAUUUCAUAAAUGGAAUAAUUAGCGAUUGCAAUGAACACUAUCUAAGUAGCGGUGUUAGUAAGUAUGCCCAACUCUGGAAUGAGCAACGGAAAUUGAUACUGGAGGUUGCACUUCAUACUUUCCUUUUGCCAUCAAUGCAGAAAGAAGCAAAAUCCUUGCUAACUUGCAGAGCAAAGAGCCGGUUGCUUUCAGAGUAUAGACAGGCUUUGUGGAACAAGGUGUCUGCAGGGCCAUAUCUAAAGAAAGAUAUGGACAUUAGCUCAGAUGAGGAAGCCGCACCGAGGGUCAUGGCAUGUUGUUGUGGAUCCGGAAAUCAACCAAAUACAUUUGUGAUGCUGGAUUCAUCGGGAGAAUUGCUUGAUGUGCUUUUAGCUAGAUCCCUUACACUGCGAUCUCAAAAUGUCAAUGACCAGCAACGUAAAAAGAGUGACCAGGAUCUUUUGUUGCAGUUUAUGAUGAACCACCAACCGCAUGUUGUGGCGUUAGGAGCUGUCAAUUUGUCUUGUACUCAUAUGAAGGAUGAUACUUAUAAGGUCAUAUCCCAGAUGGAUGGGAAAAAACCUAGAGAUGUCGGACAUGGGAUGGAUGAUUUAAGAAUUGUUUAUGUCGACGAAUCGCUUCCUAGGCUAUAUGAAAUAUCUCUAAUCUCGGGUGAACAGCUACCUCAACAGUCAGGGAUUGUGAAACGUGCUGUUGCUCUUGGACGAUAUGUCCAGAACCCACUAGCAAUGGUCGCAACUUUAUGCGGUCCAGGCAGGGAAAUUUUGUCUUGGAAACUUCAUCCCUUGGAGGAUUUUCUUCCGCUUGACGAGCAGUCUGGGAUGGUUGAACAGGUUAUGGUUGACAUAACAAACCAGGUUGGAAUCGACAUUAAUUUGGCAGCUAGCCAUGAGUGGUUGUUUUCUCCGUUGCAGUUCAUUUCUGGACUUGGGCCUAGGAAAGCUGCAUCCUUGCAGAGGUCGCUUGUAAGAGCUGGUUCAAUAUUUGGCCGCAAGGACCUGAAAAUGCAUGGGCUUGGUAAAAAAGUCUUUGUAAAUGCAGCCGGUUUCUUGCGCAUCCGGAGGAGUGGGUUGGCUGCUAGUAGCAGUCAAUUCAUCGACUUAUUGGAUGACACCAGAAUACAUCCCGAAUCAUAUGGUCUUGCACAAGAAUUAGUCAAAUAUAUCUAUGAUCAGAAUGUCAGAGGUGAUUCCAAUGAUGAUGAGUCUGCGCUAGCGAAGGUAACAACAUAUUUGAGGGAUCAGCGAACCUCUUUUGCCCUUGAUUAUUAUUUUGCCAGCAAGAAACAAGGGUAUAAGAAGGAAACUUUUAGUAAUAUUAUGAGAGAAUUAAGCUGUGGUUUCCAGGAUUGGCGGAUACCAUUUAAAGAUCCAAGUCCAGACGAAGUAUUCUAUAUGAUUUCUGGUGAAACUGAAGAAACCAUAUGUGAGGGAAGAAUUGUCCACGCCACUGUUCAAGAAGUGCUGUGUAGAGAAGUCAUAUGUGAAUUAGAUUCUGGAUUGACUGGUAUAAUGACGAAAGAAGAUUAUGCAGAUGAUGGGAAAUUUAUUACUAACUUGUCAGCACGGUUGAAGAAAGGUCAAUUACUUAUGUGCAAAAUAAAAUCGAUUAAAAAGGAGGAGUGUCAAGUGGUCCUUAUUUGCAAGGAAAGCGAAAUGAGAAACAUCGGGAACCAGCAUAAGCAGAAUGUGGAUCCUUAUUACUUUGAGGAUAGAAAUAGUACUGAGGCUGAAAAAGAAAAGGCUCGAAAACAAAAGGAUGUUGUGAAUAAUCAUUUUCUGCCUCGGAAGAUUGUCCAUCCUUGUUUUCAAAAUUUCUCUACCGACGAAGCAAUAGAGUUUUUGUCUUCCAAAGAUUAUGGAGAAUUUAUUUUUCGUCCAAGUUCCCAAGGACUCGAUUAUUUGACCUUGACGCUCAAGAUUUACGAUGGUGUCUAUACUCACACGGAGAUAAUUGAAGGUAAGAAAGGAAACAUAUACAUGAGACAGCAUAUAGGGGAAACCCUGACAAUUAGGGAGGACAUCUUUAUGGAUCUAUGUGAGGUCAUGGAUCGGUACGUUGAUCCUUUGGUCACUCAUCUCAAGACCAUGCUUAAUUAUCGGAAGUUUCGGAAGGGGACAAAAUCAGAAGUUGAUGAGCUUCUUAGGAUCGAGAAGGGUGAAAAUCCUACAAGGAUAGUUUACUGUUUUGGGAUCUCACACGAACAUCCAGGGACCUUUAUACUGUCUUACAUAAGGAACAAAAAUCCACAUCAGGAAUAUGUAGGUCUAUACCCCAAGGGAUUCGAGUUCAGGGAAAUGAUGUUUGAAGACAUCGACAGGCUUGUGGAAUACUUCCAAAACUCAUUGCAUGAAACAGUACCAUUGUUCAGGUCUGUUGCUGUCAUGGUACCGAUGAGAAGCCCAGCAGACCGUGGCUCUUUUGGAGGAAGUGAUUGGGGUGGUUCUCAGAGUAAAGGAGUCUGGAAAGGUAACUCAGAUCGCUCAUCUGCACCAAGAGGAGGGAGGGGUGGUGCAUACAGAAAUGGUGGUGGACGUGAUGGGCAUCCGCCAAGGCCGCAUGGUGGUCGUGGUCGAGGUAGAGGAUGGAGGAACAGUGAUAGACAAGACAGGACUGGAGAUUGGGGUUAUAACAAUGCCGGAACUGGUGGUGGCGGUUGGGGAAACAAUGCUGGUGGUAAAAAGGGCUCUUUUGGAGGAAGUGGUUGGGGUGGUUCGCAGAGUAAAGGAGUCUGGAAAGGUAACUCAGAUCGCUCAUCUGCACCAAGAGGAGGGAGGGGCGGUGCAUACAGAAAUGGUGGUGGACGUGAUGGGCAUCCGCCAAGGCCGCAUGGUGGUUGUGGUCGAUGCGGAGGACGGAGGAACGGUGAUAGACAAGACAGGACUGGAGAUUGGGGUUAUAACAAUGCCGGAACUAGUGGUGGAGGUUGGGGAAACGAUGCUGGUGGUAAAAAGGGCAGAAAAAAGGCAGUUUGGGAAACGAAUCAAGCAGCAGCUGAAAGAGUGGUUGUGUGA